AUGAACAACUCGCUUCCUUCAUCGUCACAGCCGUCCGCCUCUCCUACCAUUUCCGAACCAGACCAGCACCUUCAUCUUCCCCCGCCGGCUUAUCGAAAUGGAAUUCCGACCUCCUUUUCACACGCCGUCCCGACGGCGCCAGUGCAUGUUUCGUCCAUGGCACAGGCCCUACGAAUGAUGGACAUGACCGAGACGCCGCUCACGCAGAGUGUCAACUCGACUGCUCCUAAUUCUCCGCGCCUCCCCCCGCGUCGCCAGAAUUCGGGCAGCCAGACACCCCGAGUUCGAGCCCAUGCGACAACUCUCAACAUUCCCGGCAUGACUCGCUCGCGCGUCUCUCCCGAUGGCCGAAUCCCUCAGCGCGACGUCGCUGCCAAGCUCGUCAUCGUCAUGGUCGGCCUCCCGGCUCGUGGCAAGUCCUACAUCACCAAGAAGCUGCAGCGUUAUCUGUCGUGGCAGCAGCACGACUCCCAUAUCUUCAACGUCGGAAACCGGAGACGAACGGCGGCGGGCAUCAAGGUCUCUGCCAAGCCCACCCUCGCACCUGAGCACGACCGUCUCGACCCUCCUGUACGGGCCGCCACCAUCCUGCUCAACGGCGUGCCGGCCCCCGACUCCAUCGCGACUCUCGAGCCCCCGGAACCGACAGCCCUCACCUUGGACGGCGCGGCCGGGGAGGAGCAAGAAGGCCUCGACCAGUCCGCUCAAUUCUUCGAUCCCAAGAACGAGAAGGCUGCCGCCAUGAGAGAUCAGGUCGCCAUGGACACGCUCGAUGAGCUGCUCGACUACCUGCUCAACAAGGGCGGCGCCGUUGGCAUCCUCGAUGCGACAAACAGCACGGUGAAGCGGAGGCAGCAGGUUGUCCGCCAUAUUAAGGACCGCGAGCCCAAGCUUGGCAUCCUCUUCAUCGAGAGCAUCUGUGAGGACCAGAAUCUCCUCGAAGCCAACAUGCGCCUCAAGCUCUCUGGUCCAGACUACCGCGACAAGGACCCCUACAAGUCCCUCGAGGACUUCAAAAACCGAGUGGCCGCCUACGCGAGCGCCUACGUUCCCCUCGGCGCCUACGAGGAGGCGAAUGACCUCCAGUACAUCCAGAUGAUAGAUGUCGGCCGAAAGCUUGUGCAGCACCGGCUGAAGGGCUUCCUAAGCGGCGGCAUCAGCAACUACCUCUCCAGCUUCAACCUCGCCCCGCGCCAGAUUUGGAUUACUCGCCAUGGUCAGAGCGUCGACAACGAGCUGGGAAAGCUGGGUGGCAACUCCCCCAUCACCGAACGCGGCCAUUGCUACGGCCUCGCCCUGCACAAGUUCAUCACCCAAAAGCGAAAGGAGUGGCUGAUGGAGCAGAAGAGCAAGAUGGCCCAAGCGUCCUUCCCGCCGCUUCCCGGCGAUAACACUCCUCCGUACCCAGACAUGAACCAAGACCUGGACGAGAAGAACUUCUGUGUCUGGACCUCGAUGCUGCAGCGAAGCGUUGAGACGGCCGAAUACUUUGACGUGGACGACGACUACGAUGUGAAGAACUGGGAAAUGCUCAACGAGCUCAACACCGGUCAAUUCGAGGGCAUGACAUACGACGAGAUUGCGAAAAAGUACCCGGACGAGUUUCAGAAGCGUGCCAACGACAAGCUCAAUUACAUCUAUCCCGGCGUCGGUGGUGAGGGUUACCUCCAAAUCAUCAGCCGUCUUCGCGACAUGGUCCGAGAGAUUGAACGCAUCACGGAGCAUCUCCUCAUCAUCGGCCAUCGCUCCGUCUGCCGAGUCCUGAUGGCCUACUUCAUGGACCUCACACGGGAGGACAUUACGGACAUGGAUGUGCCCCUCGGCAUGCUCUACUCGAUCGAGCCGAAACCGUACGGUAUUGCCUUUCACGCCUACAGGUACGACGAACCCCGUGGCUGGUUCGAGGAGAUGCCCAACUACAAGCCGCAGAAGGCUGCCAGAGGCACCGUCUAG